AUGUGUCAUCUACACUGUGCGUAGGCUGGCUAGCAUAACACAAUAAUAAAUACAAAUAAAUAUAAUAAAAUAAUAUUUAAUGUUUUAUUACUAAAUUACUUUAUACCUAUAUACUUUUUUUAUAUUUAAUUUUUAUUAUCAUUUACAAUUUAGUAAUAAAUUAUUAUUAUUUGUAUUACCUAUUGUUUUAGUGUAUAAUUUGGUUUUGGAUCGUACUUAAUCUUCACUAAUAAUACCUAAAAAUUAAUCCAGUUAAAAAAAGAUUUGAGAGUGAAGCGAGUAAGAGGAAACAUAAAGCAGAGGAAGAUCGUAAGACUAAAUUAUUACCAUCAGUUUCAAAAUUUUUUAAGAAAGUAUCCGUAGAAAUUUCUUAUUCAAAUCCUAAUGUAAACGAAAAUUUACAAGAAACACAUCCAUGUCCUUCGCUGUCCUCUCCAGUCAAAAUCGAACAUAUUUCUCAAAAUGUAACAUCUAAUGCUAAUCUUUCGAGUAAACUGGUUAACACUAUUUCUCAAGAAAUACCCGCGUAUAAUGUUCCAAAUAUUGAUAUAUUUACUAAGCUUCUAACACUUCCCAAUCCCACUGAUAUCGGUCAUUUUAAUUAUGAUAAUAAAUUAUCUGACUAGCAGAAAAAGUUUAUUGUUACUCAUGGACCAUGCCAACCUAAAGAACCAUUUUAUAGACAUUCAGAUGUAUCAAAAAAUAAAAAUUCAUGAACAACAUUUCACGAAAAAUAUUAUUAUUCUGUUGAGUCAAUUACAGGAGCAAAAACUAAUAGAUUAUGGCUAUGUUAUUCAAUAAUUCGUCAAGUUGCAUAUUGCCAACCAUGUUCUCUGUUUGGUAAUAGAAUUAAAAUUAAACAAACUACGUGGCUUGAUAGNCUUUUGGCUAAAUAUGAUCCCAUAUUAGCAACACUUUUAGAAAAACCAAAAGGAAGCGUAAAGUAUCUCAGUCAUAAAAUUCAAGAUCAAAUUAUUUCAUUAAUAGAAAUUGAAAUAAAGAAAUAUAUAUUAGCUGAUGUUACUGCUACACCAUUUUUUUCGUUAAUUCUUGAUACAAAAUAAGACAUUAGUGAGAUUGACCAAGUCUCCACAAUAUAUCGAUACGUUCAUAUAGACAAAAACGAAUUAGGAAUUCCUAUAAGCAUUGAAAUAAGAGAGGACUUUAUUGGAUUUACUGAAGCCGAAGGAGGUACAGGCAGAGCAAUGGAAGAACAGUCUAUGAAGCAAUUUAAAAAAAAUGGACUUGAUAUCAUAAAAUUUAGAGAAAUUGGUUUAGACGGCGCAGCAAGUAUGAGCGGAAAAUACAAUGGUUUAAAAGCUUUUCUUCGGCAAAGACAGAAAAAAGCCAAAUACGUUCAUUGUGCAUCGCAUAAUUUAAAUUUAAUAGUAAAUGACUGUGAGAUAAUAAUAAUAAUAAAGAGAUAAUAAAGAUAUUAAGGAAAUUCGGAAAUUUUGUGGCAUGCUAGAAACUCUUACAUACAUUUUUUGGUAAUAGUAUACUUCGAUGGGCAAAAUUAAAAAAGAAAGUUGUGAAAUUACCAGAUCUCUUAAGAGAUUGUGUCCUACUCGAUGGUCUUCUAGAAUCGAUUGUUUAGUAUCACUGAAUCAUAUGUACUCAGACAUAGUUAUGAGCCAAGUAGACUCAGAACGAGUUUUAAGGAUUUGGAUUUUAAUUUAAGAAAAUAAACACAAUUGUUCUAGACUUAAAGUUUAUUAUUCGCACAGACAUGACAUAUACAUAAGUACUUGUCUAACAUUUGGUUACGACUGGUUGACUAGUGUCCCUCACGUGCUCUCUAUAUACCGAAAACGAGCCUUUAAUUAAGACAAUUACUAUUAUAAGUUUAUAUCUGUGCUUCUUUUCCUUAUACUCUACUAUUAAUUAAUUAUUUAUGACACAACUGAUAAUGUAUAAAAUGUAACUGAGCUCUUCUGAAUACAAAUAGAAUACUAAUAACUACGUUUUAUUACACCUAGACCGGAUGGUCUUUACAACACCUAGACCGGGUGGUUUUAACAAUAUAAUGUUAAUAUAAUAACAUUAUAUUAACUGGCCAAACCAAAUAUGAACAAAAUGACGCUACCACACUUAAAACAUAUUUUGAGAGUUAUGAAACAGUUAUUUUGAUAUUAUUGAUGCAUAAAAUAUUAUCAAAAAUAAAUAUUGCAUCAAAAAUAUUGCAGUCUCCUGGAGCUGAUACUGGAAAGGCUGCAGAUUUGAUAAAAAGUACAUUGCAAAUUAUAGAAGCAAUUCGUAUGAAUAUUGAUAUUUUAAUUGAAGAAGCUAACGAUAAAGCAUUAAAAUGGAAUGUGACACCUCAAUUUUCAAAUAAACGAACAAUAGAAGUAAAACGUUUUUAUGAUGAGCUUUGUCAAGAUCAACGACUUUCACAAGGAUGUCAAUAUUUUAAAACACAGGUGUUAUAUAGGUGUAUUGAUACUGUUGUUACAUAAUUGCGAACACGAUAUGUUGGUCUUAAUGAAAUAAAUGAUUUAUUCAGCUGUAUUUUGCGACGUGGUGUAAUAUCUGAUGAUGACAUUAUUAUUGGUGCAAAAAAGUUGGCGGAUGAAUUUGAAGAUUUUAAUCCAGCUGAGCUAGCAAGGCAAAUUGAAUCAUUUAAUAUUCUGUUUUCUUCUGAGCUUGAAUCCUGUAAUAGUGUUUUUGAUAUGACUAAAUUAUAGGUUAUUGAGAAUUAUAAUCUAAUUACUAGUUUUCCAGAUCUAUUAACAAAAUUUUAUUUAUUUCUUACAUUACCAGUAACAGUAGCCAGUGCAAAAAGGUCAUUUUCAAAGCUCAAAUUAAUUAAAAGCUACCUUAGAAAUACUAUGUCUCAAACACGUUUGAGUGGUCUCGCAAUGAUAUCAAUUGAAAAUGAACGCGCCAAAAAGUUGAACAUGUCAGCAUUGAUAAAGUCAUUUGCACAAGAUCGUAGCAGAAAAAAAUUAUUUUUAUUUUAA